CUAUGCAAUGAGGUGCAAUUUACUCAAAUAUUCUCUGUUACUAACAGAUCUACUGUUGAUACAUAGCCUUCGCUGUUUUCAAGGUCAUGAAGGAACGGCAAUCACUGUGAAAGAAAGCGGAGAUGGAUUUAUGUGUGCGUACGAGACAAUGAAGCCGUGUGAUUUCAAGCAGCCGUCGAGGAGUGCAAACUUCCGGACUGCCCAUUUCAAAGCUGAAAGUUUACAAAACUGUUGGAGUAAGGAUGGAAGGGUGAUCUGCUACUGCAACGAGGAUUUCUGUAACGGGAAUUUUCGCUUAUUUCAGCAGAAAUGGUCGAAAAGUGAAGUGCAGAACAAAACUUUGUAUGAUUGCGUUCUGAAGUACAUUGCUGAGAAGAGUGACCUACCAAUACCACUAUCCAAGCCAGGAUUGACAACUCUCCCUGUGGAGGAGACUAAGGCGAAAGUUAUUGAGCCUAUAAAAAAGUCCACCAGGUUACUACCUGCGAAAACUGCGAACUUCCCAAUAAUUUCAGUAAAGCCAGCACGAGAGACUGCGGCGAGGGCAACAGCAGGUAAUCGUGAGAAAAGCACUAAAGCACAGCAGCUCGAUCCGGAGAAAUCCAAUAAAGUGCCUGAGAAAAACGGCAAUGAAGGAUCAGUGACGUUCAAAGAUGAUGAUGAAAAUAGUGUGAUUGACAGGAAGAAUCCUGCGGAUGAUGAGCCCUUCGACAGAAAAGAAGCCGAUGUACUCAUGUUCGUCAUCAUCGCUAUCGGAGUAACCAUCCUUGUGUGUUUGAUCAUACCAGCUGCGGUCUAUGUUGUGAAGAAUAGAAAAACAGAUAUGAAGGGCAAAACGAAGUUGAAACAUAAGAGCAGCAUGGGGCGAACGUCAACAAGUGCUGCUAAGUCUGAAGGAAGGACGUAG